ACAGUGAAAUGUAAACACGAUCGGUCGGUGGUACAUAACCUCACUUAUCUUGCGAAUUAAACUUAAAAAGCAUAUAUAUUGUUAAACAGUCUUACAAACUGCGUAAAUAUGGCAAAAACAAAGAAUAAAAGAAACGCAGGACUGGCUGAUAAAGUGCAUAACAAGAAGAGGCAUGAUAAUAUGAAAAAGAAGCUGAACCCUUUCGAAGUGCAUAUAAACAGAGAAAAAAUUAAAGUUCUAGGCAAGAAAUCUAAGCAUGACAGAGGAUUACCUGGAGUUUCUAGGGCUAAGGCCAUUAAGAAGAGAAAAGAAACAAUAGGCACAGAAAUGAAACUCAUGAAUAAGACGAACACAUUCAUAGACCGUCGUAUCGGAGAGAGGGACUCUCAACUCUCGGCGGAGGAGCAGAUGGUAGUCAGGUUCGCUGCCGAGCGGGCCAGGCAACAUAACAGGAAGAAUAUUUACAAUUUGGCUGAUGACGAGAUUUUAACUCAUAGAGGACAAACAUUGGAGCAAAUUGAGAAGUUUGAUGAUCCAAGAUCUGACGAAGAAGAUGAUGAAGAAAGCAAGAAAUAUGGGGGACUUGAUGAUGAAUUUGUCUCGGAAGGGCAUUUCGGUGGUGGUAUUCUAGCAAAAACGGAUACAAAAGACGGUUCCAAAUCCCACAAAGACUUAAUUGAGCAGCUUAUAGCAGAAUCCAAGAAGAGGAAAGCAGAGAAGCAGAAGGAGAAAGAGCAGACUUUAGACUUGACAGAGAAAUUGGAUUCGGAAUGGAAAGAUUUGCAACCGGUUGUGUUUAAGAAGGCCCGAGUGGAGAAAGAGUCGAUUAUUGAUAAAUUGUUGAGUCAAGCAGAGGAGAAGAGUCAGGAUUAUGAUAAAAUGAUGAGGGAAUUGAAGUUUGACAGGAGAGGGACUCCAUCAGACGCACUAAAGACAGACGAGAAGCAAGCCAAAGAAGAGAGGGAGAAGCUGGAACAGUGGGAGAGGGAGAGGCAACAGAGAAUGCUGGGUGACCAUGAGACGGAAACAAUUCGCGUUCAAAAAACAACAGUUAAACACAGGUCUGCUGAUGAUCUAGAAGACAAUUUCGAGCUGGAAGAUGAAAAGGAAUUCAUGUUGGCGUACGACAAGGACGGAAAACCGCUCGUACCUGAGAAUAUACUUAAAGAUUAUUCAGUUCCGAACGCAAAGCCAAAAUUCGAUGAUGGCAUAUCUGAUACAUCAUCGGAGGAAGAUGAUGACAGCGGUGAUGAAGAAGACUCCAAUGAUGGUGAUGAUGAUAAUGAUGAUGAUGAAAACGUUAACAUUGAGAAAGUAACUAAUGGUAAUGGCAAUAGUAGUGAAGACUCAAGUGAUGAAGAUGAUGAAGAACAGGAAAAUAGAAAGGUAAAGAAAGUCGUUAAAGAUGCUAUAAACCAAAAUGGUGAAAGUGGUAGUAGUGGAGACUCAAGUGAUGAUGAAGAUGAUAAAGUACAAGAUAAAAAUAAGGUAAAGAAACUUGUUGAAGAUGCUAAAAUCGGAAAUGGUGAAGCCAGUAGUAGCGAAGACUCGAGUAAUGAUGAAGAUGAUAUAACACAAGAUAAUAAUAAAGUAAAAAAAGGUGUUGACGAAGCUAAAACAAAAAAGAAAAUUACAGAAUUGACUAAACAUAAAGAAAAUGACGAUUGUAAAACUAAAAACCAAAAGAAAGAUAUAAUAAAUAAAGAAAUCAACGUAGAUGAUGAAGUUACAGAUGACGAUGAUGGAAGUGAUGAUAAUGAUACAGAGAAUGAUGAUUCAGAUGAUGAGUCAGAUGGUGGUGAUGCGAAAAAUGCUGUAGACGAUUUUAAUGAUUUAAAAUCUUCCGGUAGUGAAGAUGAAAUGGAGACUGGGGAGGAUGUCGAGAAGAUCGGUUCCUUCUUUGAACUGAAACUGGCUGAAGGUGAUAAUUUGAAGGAAUUACUUACCGGUAAAACGCCAAUACAGCAAUCAACCGCUCUCCAAAAACUUAUAAAGAGUUACGAUCCGAGUUUAUCAGAGAAUAAUAAAGAGAAACUCAGCAGAUUAUUCGCUCAUAUGUUACAAUAUAUCAAUGAUAUCUUCACGAAUUUACAUGAAGAAAGUGACGUCAUAAAAGCAUUUUUGGUUUUCGAUAAACUAGUACCAUAUUUCUUCGAUCUAGCCAAAAUGAAUAAAGUUUCAGCUAAGAAAUUCCUAGUUGAAUUAAUUAAGGAAAAACACGACGUUUUCGAGAAACGUCCAAAAGUAGUGCCCGAUUUAAAUACGUUGAUUUUCUUCAAAUUAGUACAACUAUUGUAUCCGACAUCAGAUUUUAGGCAUCCUGUCACGACGCCGUGUUUAAUUUUCUUGGCGGAAAUAUUAACUAAAUGUAGGUUUUGCGAUGCCUAUUCAGUUUCUAGAGGAUUAUUUGUUACGUCCCUUAUAUUAGAGUACACAAUGCUUUCAAAAAGACUAGUGCCUUCAGUAAUAAACUUUCUAAGAGGAAUUUUAUAUUUAUCAGCCAGCACUUCGAUUUUAAAUCCCAUACAAGUCGUUCCGCCAUUUAGGUUACACAAAGACGAGAAAAUUUUGAAUUUAGACCACGACUGUUCGAAAUUGACCGUCGAAAGCAAAAUGGCGGCGAAAGAUUUAGUGGCAAAGGAAAUUAGUGACGAUUUCAAAAUUCGAACGUUAUUUGUUUCGGUGUUGUUAUUGAAAGAGUUUUUUAAUUUUUUUAAUGAAAUUGAAGCACAACAAUGUUUGUUUGAGCCACAUAUACAGUUGUUAGGUAGGAUUGAUACGGAUUUGUACCCUGAGAAUGUACGGAAGACUGUAAGAAAAGUCAUGAAACACAUGAAGGAGACAUUGGAAUUGAAGACUUUUACGCAGUUGACGCGAGAAAAGAAGAGGCCGAAGGCGUUGAGGCUUUACGAACCUGACAUACAAGAAGUCUUCACUGGCAGCAAAUCGUCUAAACUGUCGCGUGAAGCGGCAGAUAGAGCAAGACUCCAGACUAAGUACAAGAAAGCCAUGAAGGGAGCCCUAAGGGAAAUCAGAAGGGACAAGGCGUAUAUUGCUUCUGUUAAGAUCAAACAGAAGAUUGCAAGUGACAACGUUAGAAAAGAGAAAGUGCGACAGAUUUACAAGGACGCGUCCAUACAGCAAGGGGAGUUGAACAAACUAAAAAAAAUGAAGUGAACAUUUUGAAUAUCUAUGGAAUUGUCAAUGAAAGUGUAAAUAAAACUGUUAUAAUAAUGUUCUGUUUUUAAAUGAAAUGUAAUGAAAAUAAAAAAAAAAAUCUGCGUGUUUCGGCCAGUCGCGUACUGUGGGCCACAUAAAAAAAAUUGUUGUCGUUA